AUGCGUAAUGCUUUACUGAUCUCGAUAUGUGCCACACUGGCAUCAUGUCAAAUCCCUUCCAAAGACCUUGCUGAUAUGAAUCCAUUGUUGUUCAACGAUAGAACUCUGAAAGGACCAGGAGUGAUUGCUCGAGUGACACCUACCGGAACCCAAUAUGUGGCAUCUGUAGUUGCAGCUGCAUUCUCUUCUCAUUUUGCAGAUAUCAAACCACCAAAAGAGAGAAAAGAUCAUCAAUUGUCGUCUGUACCUACAGUAACCCUUCGUCGGUUGAUGCUCGAGACAUUACAAUUGGAAAAGCAACUGGUCAGCACUACGACCAACGAUGGACUCGUGAGAAUAACAGUUCGUAACAUCUCUGUCAGCACUUCGGCUAUUCUGAGUGGAGAAUUGAGAGGAAUCAAACUUCAGGAUAAUGUCACUUUUAGAACUCCAAGUUUGAGAUUGGAUGUUGCUAUUAGAAUAAUGAAGAACAGCGGAGGGAAUCCAGCAUUGAAGAUGGAAAGCUGUAAAAUCAACAAUCAGGGCAUUAAACUGGUCACAAAACCGAUGGACCCCAGAAACGGAAAAUCCAUUGCGGAUGGAAUUGCCAAUGAUGCCAACGCGAUAUUCUCGGACCUGAUUUGUGCGAAAAUUGAGCAUAUCGUGACUAAUCGAGUCAAUCAAAGAUUUGCUCUCUUAUCCAGUCGUAUCUCUUUGGAAAACUCGAAAAACUUUGACAUUGUGAAAAUCAUAAUGCAGGCAGAGGAGAGAAUGAAGAGACUCGUUAGACAAAAUAUGAUGCGCUCCAACAAAACUCUCAGAAGAAACGUGCAUGCUCAUAAUGCCAGAAGAGUUUCAAGAGAUCCAGUUAGAGGAAAACGACAAUUCGACGAGGAAAAAUUCCAUUUGUUUUUGAAUUCGUUCAACUUUUCUCGUGCUGAUUCACUGAUGCUUGAUUACUCCAUGAUCACUUCUCCAUCUCUCACAUCUCGAGGAAUCGAACUUCAAACAUCUGGAGAAGUAUUCCAAUCCGGCCAUACCACUCCUUUCGGUGCUGGACCAAUUUUCUUGCCUCGUGUCCCAAAUCCAUCUCAAAUGCUUCAAAUCGUUGUCAGUGACUUUGUACCAAACUCUCUGAUGUUCCACGGACACCGAAUCGGACUUUUUGACACCAGAAUCGAUUGGACCACUCCACAAUUUGGACCAGUGAUGAGAACAACUUGUGAUUUGAGUACCGGAUCGUUGUUCUGUAUUGGCGAUUUAUUUCCAGCACUGAGAGAAAUGCUGCCUGAUAGAAAUAUUGCAUUUGCGUUCACCACACUAAAAGCUCCUGCAGUAAUCGUUCAACCAGAAGAGAAAGGAGGAAUCCAUUUCAGUCUUUUGGGACUUAUUCGUCUGAUUUCUGAUAGAAACGAACCAAUUGGAGAGAUGGAGAUCAGAAUUGAGGCUCUUAUGAAAAUGAAAUUGACACCGAAAAGUGUUAAAGGAAAAGUUACGAUCGAGGAGAUUCAAUUUACAUCCCGGUCUCCACGGAUUCUACUCCAGGAAGAACUUGACGAUGCUGGUUUCCUAUCCCGUGAAAUUUUGCAAAGAAUGGUGAAUGACAUUCUUCGUCAAGGAAUCCCGAUUCCAAUUCAUCCACUAUUCAAACUCGUCAAACCUAAACUAACACUUUUCUCGCGUUCGAUGCUUUUGGAAACGAACUUCUUGUUGAAUGAGCAUAUCAUUGCUCAGUUGACAGCAGAGACACUUGUAGCUUAG